AUGUUUGAUGCCCAUUGUCACCCAACAGACACUCCUGAUACCCUCGAUCUGAUCCCGAGCAUGAAAACGGACCUUCUGGCCUGCAUGUCGACCAACUUUCAAGAUAUAGAAAGAGUGGAGUCGAUUGCUGAUUGGCCUAAGGUGGUACCUUGUUUCGGAUACCAUCCUUGGUUCACAUGGAAGGUGUACACGGAAGAAGGAUUGGAAGCAAAGGAACAUUAUAGUCGUGUUUUGGCAGGUCCCAGAGGCUCUGAGGAGGAACUGCAGGGAUUCGUGGCCAGCCAAGAGCAACCAAUGCCGUUCUCCAAUUAUCUUGAUCUCAUGAGACAAGGUCUUGAGAAGUAUCCUAAUGGCAUGAUUGGGGAGGCGGGUUUGGACAAGCCGUUUCGGGUUAAGGAUAAAGAGGGGGAUAAGCUGACGCCAUUUAGAGUGUCUCUUGACCACCAGCGGACGAUUUUGGGGCUCCAGUUGCAACUAGCUGUUGACUAUGGGAGACCCAUAUCUUUGCAUGGAGUUCAGUGUCAUGGAGCGUUACUUGAGUGUGUAACCGAGAUUCUAAAGAAGAACCCUGGAAAACCCCUGACUGUUUGUUUGCAUUCUUACUCUGGUCCUCCCGACUUUCUGGUAGGCUGGUUCAAGUUGGAAGGCUCCAAGAAGAAGCCUACCAAGGUACGUGUCUUCGUGUCUGUGAGCAGUGUUAUAACCUGCGGACACAUCGAUCGUGAAGGAGACCGCUUCGAUCAAAAGUUGGAGAAGAUUUCUCCUUUGUUGGCGAAGAUUCCGGACGACCGGCUGCUUAUUGAGUCGGAUUACUACAAAGCAGGACCUGUUAUGGAUGAUCUUAUGCAGGAGGUGCUGGAUCUAGUUGCUCAUGCAAAGGGUGUAUCUAAAGCGGGGGCUCUCGAGAUGUUGGACAAGAACUCUCGAGAGUUUUUGGACUACAGACGCGAGUAG